AUGUCAACAUCAACACCAACACCAACGUCAUCUGGUGAUGUAUUCUCAUUAGAUACAGAAUCACAAUCUCCGACAUCGAACUCCCAGGCUCCGACCCAGACUCAGUCACAGACUCAAUCACAGACUCAGACUCAGUCACCUACUCAGACUCAGACACAAACAUUGACAUCUAGCAAUGAUGCAACAUCUACAACACAGGUAUUGUCUACUUCAACUUCAAGUACAUCUUCAAUCAAUCAACAACAACAAGAGAAGAAGUUGUCAUUCUCACAGGAUAUGUGGGAUGGCUUUGAUCUACUAUGUAGGAGGACAGAGUUUGGUCUGGAUCAAUGUAGAGAGCUGUUGGACUUCUUCAAGAAACGUGCUGCACUCGAGGAGAAGUACGCCAAGAGUGUCGUAGAGCCGUUCUCAAAGUUCAAGUUCAAGGAUGAUACAGAUUCAUUCCAGAAGGGAUUCCUAUGCAUGUCAAUGUUCAGCGAGUCAGAGUCCAAUAUCCACAAGUCAUUCGCACAGAACUUGAUGAGUAAUCUAUGUCAUCCUUUCACAGCGAUGGUCAAGGAGAUGGAGAUUCGAAGGAAGAAUAUGGUCUCUGAAGGAUUGAGAUUGAGGAGUGAUUACAAGGACUCUUUGGAGGCCGUCAGACGUGUGUACCAAAAGUAUGAGAAGGCCAGCAAGGAGACAGAGUCGGCAAAGAUUGAGUUGAUCAAUGUGUUGGAGAAGGAGCCUGACAACAGUCAGAAGAUCCAGUCGAUUGACUCCAAGGUGGCCAGGUGUGAGGCACUCUCCAUCUCUGCCGAGGAAGAGUACAAAGACCAAAUCAAGGAGACCAACAACUUUAUCCAUGGAUACUAUCAAUCAAAGAUGGAGGACAACUUGAAUGAGUUCCAACAGUUUGAGUCGAUGAGGAUACAGUUCAUCAAGAGCAACAUAAAGAACUACUUUGGAUUGAUGUUGGAGAUACCUCCUACACUUGAGGGUGAGUUGAACAAUGGUUGCAAGCAGACUGAUUGGAUCGAUCCAGAGACAGACAUCCAAACAUUCAUCCAGACACAUACAACAUUGCGAAAGAUACAUCCACCAUUGCAAUUCGAGCCUUAUAUCGAGGGCAAGCUCAUCUCAUUGAACAACAGUGCCAGCUCUGUGCAUCUGACUGCCUCGUCGCCUCCACCUCGCAAGCUCUCAUUCAAAGAAAACAUCUUUGGAUUCUUUAAUGUUCUAAAGAAAGAAGAUGUAUGUACCAUCACCAUCACGUCGUUUGGACAGUAUACUGACACGCCUACCCUGGCCACACCCAUUCAGAGCGUACACGUUGGUCGACCCAUCUUUGGAACAGACUUGGAUGAGUUGAUGAGACAACAAAAGAAUGAGUUCCCGCAGGUUGAUGUACCCUUGAUUCUGAUCAACUUUGUUCAGACAUUGCUUAAGCUGAACGCUCUAGAGACAGAGGGUAUCUUCCGCAUGUCACCAUCACACACUCAGAUACAGCAAGAGAAGUUAAGACUUGAUGAAGGUGGCACUCUGGAUCACCUGACUGAUGUACAUCUCGUAGCAUCACUCCUAAAGAACUGGCUUAGAGACCUACCAACGCCAAUAAUAUCAGCUGAUAUUUAUGACGAACUAUUAACAUCACCAAUCAACUCAUGGGCGAUUAUGGAAGCUAGACUACCAGAGCUCAACAUCAAGGUUCUGCGAUAUCUUAUAGACUUCUUGGUCGAGUUUAGCGAGCCAGAGUACGCCAUUGCCUCCAAGAUGGACUGUCAUAGCUUGGCAGUGGUGUUGGCGCCAGUACUUAUCCGCUCGCCAAUCAAUGAUCCACAACGAGCGUUGGAGAAUUCAAAGAAGGAGGUUAAGAUUAUCGAGUGCAUGAUUGUCGAAGCAUUGGCCACCAAGAAGGAGAAGGAGCUGUUGCACGCAGAGCGAACAAGAAACAGGAACAACACUCCUUUGCACUUUGACGAGUCCAGCAUCACUGGUGUGGACGAUCUAAAGCAGGACCAAGAAGUCGACCAUGAUGAGCUUGAUCAAGAUGAACUCAAGGAGUUCAUUCAAGUCCCUGAAUAG